UCAUGUUUUUAUACAAUAAUCUGGGAGUUCUGUUUCAUUCAUCAGAGACCAUCAUAGUUCCAGCACCUGUAUCUGUAGUUGGAUUUGUUCCCAACUGUGGCUUUUCAAAACCUUGUCCAGAUGGAGAGUUUUCAGUUCACUUAUCCACGGGAAGAGAGGAUCGGGAAAAGCCAUCCUUGUGUAUAGAUGGGAAAUAUGUGUUUGGAAACGAAGUUAGUGUUGCAGGACGUGGCAUGAAUGUGGUGAUAAUUGACAGCUUUGAACAUGCCGUCACACGAGUUGCAAAUUUUGAUACGUACGGAACAAGUAAGUUAUUGAAUUUGCUUUUGAUAAACUAA